AUGGGAUCCGAAGCUAUGGUUCCAGAAUGGGCAUCGGAGCCUUGUAUAAUGGGAAUCGACGAAGCCGAAAGAGGUCCCGUUCUUGGUCCUAUGGUCUAUGGCUGUUUAUACUGUCCUCUCUCCUACAAGAAAACCCUAGCUACUUUGAGUUUCGCCGAUUCUAAGACUCUGAAGGAAGAGAAGAGGGAGGAAUUAUUUGAAGCUUUGAAAGGCAACGAUUCUAUUGGAUGGGCUGUUGAUGUCAUUGAUCCAAAGGAACUCUCUGCUAAAAUGCUCAAGAAGAAUAAGAUAAACUUGAAUGAGAUAUCACAUGACUCUGCUAUGGGCCUCGUUGAUAGGGUCCUCAAAAUCGGAGUGCUUCUAACCGAGGUUUAUAUUGAUACGGUCGGAGAUCCAGGGAAAUAUGAGGCAAAAAUGUCUAAAAAUUUCCCAUCUAUCAAAUUUGUGGUUGCUAAGAAAGCUGAUAGUCUUUAUCCUGUUGUCAGUGGUGCAAGUAUAGCUGCAAAGGUUACGAGGGACCGAGCUGUAAGAGAUUGGGUGCUCGAUGAGACUGCUGAUAAUAUACACAGGAACUUUGGUUCUGGAUAUCCUGCAGAUCCCGCAACCAAGUCUUGGCUAGAAAAUCACAAACAUUCUAUCUUCGGUUUUCCAACAUUGGUUCGGUUUAGUUGGGGAACUUGCAGCACUUAUUUUAAAAGUGGUGCUGAAGUUUUAUGGUCUUAAACCCUAACUAUUAAAGACUUUGUUUGUUCAAAAUUUCUCAAACCUCAAAGAAUUUUUGAACCUUUCAUUACUAGUAAGUUAUUUUUUUCCAUUCGGUAAUGUUAUUCCUAACAAA